UUAUUCCAUUAAUCUUCAAUAGAAGUGAAUUUGAAGGAGAAAGCAAGUUUGGAGAUGGCGAAAUCCAGUAGUGAUGCAACUGCAAUCGGCAGUGAAGCCAAGGAGAGUAUAACAGGCAGAUUGUCUCUCAUCGAGGACUUGUACUUUCCCCGCAAGGUACAACCUGAUGAUGCAGCUGACCCAUCUCGGCGCAAGUCCCUCCUCCUCGACCUUCUCUCCACCGACGCCCCCGUCUUCCUCGAGCGGUAUGGGUCGAAACUAUCGAUGGAGGAGCUUAAUCACUUUGACGUGUUGAGGGAUGAUUAUGAAAUCAAUUGGCACCUUAAAAAUCUUCGGAGCAUUUUGAGCCCGACAGAUAAGGAGAAGAAGUCGAGGUCAGCUAAGAUCAAGAAUCGGAGGCUAGCAUAUAUGGAUAGGUUGAUGGUGGAUGGACAUUAUUUUUCGGAAGAUGCUAUGAGGGAAAGAGAACCUUACCUGCAUCAUGAGUAUGUGGGGAAGUUUCAGGAUCCAAGUGGUAGGAGCAUGGCGAGGCCUGGUGAGCGGUGGUCGGAGACACUUAUGAGGCGAUCAGAAGAGGCAAUAUUGGUGGAGAAGAUUAGAGGGGAGCAACAGAGGUUGGGUGUCGCUCAGAGUGAUUGGGUUGGAAAUGAAAGAGAAAAGCAAGAAGAAGAAGAAGAGGAAGAGGAAGAGGAAGAAGAAGAAGAAGAAGAAGAAGAUGGAAGUGAAAGAGAAGUUAUAGUAGAGAAGGAAGUGGAAUGCAUGGCAUUAGACCACCCUUCUAGGAGCUCGCAGACAACUGAGGCGGAACAGAAUCACAACGCUGAGAUGAGAGUUGCGGUGAUGGACAGUUUGUCAGUUGAGGAAAUGCAAGAUCGGAUGGAGCAAUUCAUGUCUGUAAUGCAGCAGAAGUUCUUGUCAGGGGAAGACCAUCAGCAUCUUGACUACUCAAAAAUCGAUGAGGAUGUGACAUUGGACGAUCAUUGGAUGAAAGAAGCCAAUCAAGACGCUGAAGAAAAAUAUUUUGAUGAUGUUUGAGAGCGUGAAGAUGAUAGUUUUAUAUCUGGACAGUGAAUCACCGGUUUCAGCUAUCAGUAUAUAGUUUUCCUUUUUCCCUUCAUUUUUUUUUUUUUUUUGUCAUGGGAUAUGCUGUUAUCUAGUCACUUUAAAGAUAAUUCUGUAUACUCUACGACCAGAUUUUUGGAGCAAGACUUAUCAUCAUCA